UAAUUAGUCGUCGUUUUAGUUUCACUUUGGCAACACAUCGUGCAAAAUGAGAAGCUCAACGAUAGGUAAACUUUGCCGCGCUGUUGAUAUCUUUUGUAUAAUACUGUUUGGAGCUGGAAUAAUCCUUUUUGCUACUACUGGCAAGCCAUAUAAGAGAGGCUUUUUCUGCAACGAUGAAAGCAUUAAGAAACCCUAUAAAGACAGUACCAUUUCAACUGCGUUGGCUAUUGCUGUUGGGGCGGCCAUAAGUCUGGUGGUGAUUGUUUUAACAGAGAUCUUGUGGUAUCGCCAACAUAAAAAUGAAGCGGAAGAAUUGCAGAUGGGCCAGGAAUCUAUGUUCUUAAAUAUACCUCCUGUGCUGAAGACAAUAGGUUGGGUCAUACUGGUUGAUAUUUAUGGGGCGGCAUUGAAUACUUUCAUUACGGAUGUUGGCAAGUACAGCUUAGGCCGUCUACGACCCCAUUUCCUCAGUGUUUGCAAUCCUGAUUGGGCAAAGUUACAAUGCACAGAUUCAAGUGGCAACUACCUUUUCAUUACAGCCGAUGUAUGCACUGGAACAAAUGCAAGGUUGUCAAAAGAAUCCCGGUUAUCUUUCCCAUCCGGUCAUUCAUCAUUUUCAGCUUAUAUCAUGGUAUUUCUGGUGUUGUAUCUUGAAGCAAAGCUACAUUUCCCAAAAGAAAGCAAGUUUCUCAAGAUUCUUAUCCAAGCAGUCUUGAUCUUGUUGGCUUUAUACACUGGCUUCUCAAGAGUUUCUGACUACAAACAUCAUUGGAGUGAUGUUCUUGCAGGAUUUUUAAUCGGAACCAUUGUAGCAAUUGUAACAGUAUUCAGAGUGCUGCAACCACGUUUCAGAAGAAGGGUUAUUCCAAGCAUUGAGUGUCAGCCAAUCAAUGUCCAGGGUGAAAAUUCGGCAUUUCAGAUGAACAAAAACUAUUCUGGUGAAGAUCAACCAUGACUUUUUGCUGCAGAUUUCCACAGUGAUUUAUAUUGAUCUAGCUUGUUGUAUUUAACUGCAUAGAAAAUUAAAUGGAAUUCCUUUAAAAAGGAUGUUUUUGAUAAGUUGUUUAAGCUUUGUAUUCUCAUUAAUAUUUUUAUGUUUAAA